AUGUCUUCGUCGCUCGAGGCCAAGAUCGUCGUGCUCGGCGCACAGGGCGUAGGCAAGACGUCUCUGGUGAUGCGCUAUUGCAAGGGCGCCUUCAACCCCUCCCAGAUCACAUCGACUGUUGGCGCGAGCUUUCUGACCAAGCGUGUUGUCGAUACCGAUACCGACACGAUCGUGCGGCUGCAGAUAUGGGAUACUGCCGGCCAAGAGCGUUUCCGCUCCAUCUCCCGCCUCUACUACCGCGGCGCCAACGCGUGCAUCCUCUGCUACUCCAUCACCGACGCGCAGUCCUUCGCCGAGAUGGGCAUCUGGUUGACCGAGCUACGGCGCAACCUGCCGCCGGACAUUGUGCUGCACGUGGUGGGCACCAAGGCCGACAUCGUCGCGCGCGACCCCUCGCAGCGUGAGGUGCCCUUCGAGCGCUGCAUCGCCUACGUCGCCGAGAACCUCAACCCGGGCAUGGGCUCGACGCCGCCUCCGACCGCGGGUGGCUUUCUCAGCCCAUCUUCGUCCUCCGCCGACCACCACCACCAGCACAAUUCCACGCCACAACAGUCAUCGCAGCAUUGGGGGCUGCUGCAGGGAUCGGGGGAUGGUGCUGAGCUCCGCAGCCCGAGCAGUAAGCGCUCGUCGGGCUUCUGGGGCCAGGAAGUAGGCUGGGACGCGUGCCACGAGAUCUCGGCCGAGUCGGGCGAGGGCGUGGAGGAGGUGUUUCGGGUCGUCACGCGCAAGCUGGUCGAGCAGAACCGGAAGAUGCAGGCUGCGCUGUUGGCCGCGACGGGGUCGACGCCCGGUGACGGAUUCACCCCCGGCUUUGGCCCCAAUGAGGCCGACGGCGGAUACUUUGAUGCUGUGAACGGGCGUGGCAGCUUCCGGGUCGGGAGGGAUAGGCGGAGCUGGCUGUUUUCGCCUGGCUUCUCCCCUGUCAUCGGAGGCACAGUCCCCGAGGAGGAUAGAGAGGGGUGGGAGCAAGACGGCGACAGGAGAGGGAGACCGCGGAGGACAUGCUGCUGA